AUGCCCGAUAUGACAAACGAAUCUUCUUCUAAGCCAGCUCAAAUUAACAUUGGUAUCAAUGGUUUUGGUAGAAUCGGUAGAUUGGUUCUACGUGCUGCUUUGACGCACCCAGAAGUUAAGGUCAGAUUAAUCAAUAAUCCAUCCACAACACCAGAAUACGCUGCUUAUUUGUUCAAAUACGAUUCUACUCACGGCAAGUAUCGUGGUGAAGUUGAAUUCGACGAUGAACGUAUCAUCAUUCAAAAUGACCAUGUUUCGGCUCAUAUCCCUCUAUCUCAUUUUAGGGAACCAGAGCGUAUCCCAUGGGCUUCCUACAACGUCGAUUAUGUAAUUGACUCAACCGGUGUCUUCAAGGAAGUCGAUACAGCCUCUAGACAUAAAGGUGUCAAAAAAGUUAUCAUUACUGCUCCAUCAAAGACCGCGCCAAUGUACGUCUAUGGUGUUAACCACGUUAAAUACAACCCAUUGACGGAUCACGUGGUCUCUAAUGCCUCCUGUACUACCAACUGUUUGGCUCCGUUGGUUAAGGCUUUGGACGAUGAGUUCGGUAUCGAAGAAGCCUUGAUGACAACUAUUCAUGCAACUACUGCUUCUCAAAAGACUGUCGAUGGUACCAGUUCUGGUGGUAAGGACUGGAGAGGCGGUAGAUCUUGCCAGGGAAAUAUCAUUCCUUCAUCUACUGGUGCAGCUAAGGCUGUAGGGAAAAUCUUGCCUGAACUUAAUGGUAAGAUCACCGGUAUGUCUAUAAGAGUCCCAACAAUUAAUAUUUCCCUGGUUGACUUGACAUUCCGUACAGCAAAGAAAACUUCUUACGAUGACAUUAUGAAGGCCCUAGAACAAAGAUCUCGCAGCGAUAUGAAGGGUGUUUUGGGUGUUACCAAAGACGCCGUUGUGUCCUCUGACUUCACAUCCGAUUCACGUUCAUCUAUUGUUGAUGCCAAGGCCGGUAUUGAAUUGAACGACCAUUUUUUCAAGGUCCUUUCUUGGUAUGAUAAUGAAUAUGGUUACUCUUCAAGAGUGGUUGAUUUAUCCAUUUUCAUGGCUCAAAAGGACUUCGAAGCUGGUGUUUAA